AUGUCCGUGACCGAGAUUGCGGGACAGCGAGUGCUGUGUUUAGGAGAUGUGAGGGGCCAGUUGAGCACGCUUAACGACCUGGCUAUUGCGCAUCGUGCAACGGCAAUUGUGUGCGCCGGUACUUUUGGGUUCUUUGACGGAGACUCCCGAGACAGAAUCGGGAACACCAAUUCAAGGUUGGCAUCUGAGCUCAUGAGUCAAAAAGCAAGCAAGGACGAGAGCAAGGGCGAAAGCAAGGGCGAAAGCAAGGGCGAAAAUGAGGGCGAAAAUAAGAGCGAGAGUGAGGGCGAGAAUGAGGAUGAAAGCAAUGGACGCAGUAAAUAUGAAGAACAACGCGAGAAGAAGCGUCUGGGUACGGAUCUCUCUGACCUGCCAUUGUUCCUCGCGAAACGCGCCGAGUUCAAAGUCCCUGUUUACUGCACUCCCGGACUUGGCGACGAUGUCGAGGUUGUGAACAAGUUUUUAAACGGCGAGUACUCUGUUGAUAACCUGCAUAUUCUCAACGAGUCGUCCUCGUUCUUCUUGGACGCUCCUGAAGGAGAAGCUCGCAUUCAUUUGUUUGGUUUGGGCGGAGCUUUUUUGGUGGACUCGCUCUUCGAUGUGGGUACUUCCAAAACAACCACGCCUGGUAACAAGGGUAUAAUGUGGAUUGGUCUCUGGCAGAUGGGUCAGCUCAUAGCCCAUCUACAAGAGGAGUGGGACUUCAAGGAUGUGCACAUCUUUGUGACCCAUUCUCCAGUCAUGUUGAAUCCCGUGCUCCAGUACUUUUCAGUAGUCGCUCGCGCUGAUAUCACUAUCUCGAGCGGCCUGCAUUUCCGUCAUUGUGUUUCCACAGUCAACUCCUCAAUGUACAACCUUACCAAUGACUGGGUAGAUGUUCUUAACGAAGCAAGGGCUGAUCUGCAUGAGAGAUACAAUAAAGUUCGGGACGGGGCGGUUGCUAGAGGUGAGCCGCUCAAACCCAUCUUGAAUUUGGGUCCGGUUGUGCGUCUACUUACUGAGGCACCCCCCGGUCCAACCACCAAGUUUUUGUACUCUGCCUAUCAUAACCAAUGGCACUGGAAUCUAUGUUCUAUCGAAGGCGGCGCCCUUGUCCUUGCUUUCAAUGGAGAUCGACUUGCUUCCGAAACUGUAUCAGCCGGUUUCUGCUACGGAUCGCGUCACAAGUAUGAGGGUACUACUCGCAAGGGCCAAUUCCCCAAUCCCGAGGACGUGGUUCGCAAAGCUGCCAAGUCCGCGGCUGAAAAGAAAGAGUCCGACAAGAACUCCGACAAGAACUUCGACCAGAGCUCCGAAAAAGACUCCGAUAAGGGCUCCGAUAACGACGUCUCCAAACCCAAAAUAUCGGUAUACAUGCCCAAACGAGAGUCCUCAAAGCCCAAAGCAAGAACCCCCGUGUCUGCAGAUAGCAACGAGCCCGGAUUGUGGUUCCGGGACGGCCAGAAAACCGAGCAGGAAAUUCUCGACACACUACACGAAGAAGACCGGGCAAACGUCACAAAAGUCGUUUUCAAAGAGUAUAAUAAUGGUCAGAGGCCGGGCUCAAAGUUCUGCACUGUAUUUUUUAGCACCGCCGAGCAGGCAGCGACCGCCUACGAAAGAGUCGACAAAGAUAAGGCUGGAACCGUGGCAAUUCGUAACCCGCAUUAUCGCCAGCAUCAUUUUCAUGGAAACAAGCGGCCGUCUGGUAAAUACGGUUUUAGACACCACUAG